AUGUCUGGUGUCCAGAAGAUUGCCAUGCAGCCACCUGCCAAGAGAGACAUGUUCAAGCGACAUUCGAAAAGAGUGGCGUUGGGGCCGAAGCCAGCCAACAUCCCAACUCCAUCAGCACCAAAGGCAGUCAAGAAACGGGCACCACUACCAUCUGGCCUCCAAAAGCCACUUAGGCCCUGGUCGAAGAACGGAUCCGUGGCCACCACCAUCAGCAACAGCAUCCGCAACGCAGAGGAUGUCCAGGGGUACACCUUGGAGCCAUGCACCAUGAAGCCGUACAAGAUGACCGAGACGGCGCGAAAUGGAAGUGGAAUGGCAUCCCGCAACAUCAGUUACACAAGAAUCGCCACACCACCAAAACACUGCAUCGUUCCGGUCGCCAAAGACGCCAAAACGCUCGAGAAGGAAGCCUUGUUCAACGACAUGAUUGCCAAGGCACAGGAGGAGAAGGAGAAAGAGAAGGCGAAGCAGCAGCAGCAGCAACAACAACAACAACCACGUCCUGCUGCGGUGCCUGAAGUACCAAUGUCGGAGGAAGAGCUGAGGAAGGAGGCUUCUAUGCUUGGCAGAUCGUACCGGGCAAGCAGAUGA